UGAAGGGGAGUAAAUGAAGAGAAUCUUUAUUUUUGACUGGGAUUGCGCCUGCAGUGCCUCUCCUCCGCCGUUAGAGGGCAUCACUAUCAGAGCUGCGGGAGCUUCAAGGUAAUAACCUGCUUUACACACCGUAAACCACACAGGCUUCGUCACGCACCGGCCUGCAGGGACCCACCGCAUCUCGACGAGGGAAAAAAAUAAGACGAGAAAUCUUAUUUUUGCUUUUGACGCGAACCUAUUGUUCAUCCAGGGACGUUAAGAUAAUGUUUUUCUCCAUGCCGCAUCCCUGCUGGAAGAGGAUGUCAUUAUUUUCACGCCGUUGUCUCUGAUCAAGGUGAGGAAUGGAUAAUAUGCGGCGAUUUCAGCGGAGAAUAACAUGAUCACCUGCGUAUUUUCCCCUUAAAAUGACAUUCCGCAUCCACCCAAGCCUUUGUUUGGAAUAAUAAUGACCUUAUCCUUUCUAUAUCACCAUAAUGUUCUUUUAUUACAAUAAUUGCAUCCAGGCAGGUCAAAUGAACUAACGCGCAAACGCGCUCUUUGUCUGGUUGCGGGCGCGCGCUCAAUCAGUCAAUCAAUCAAUCAAUCAAUCAAUCCAUCCAUCGCCUUAUUUGCGUUUCCACGCGCGUGGAAUGCGUCGAGUCUAACGAAGCAUCUUCGAGGGGAUCAAUGGAGCCGUUCCUGCAGAUCGCGCCGCACUCUCUGGCCAUCGUGCUGUCGCGCGUCGUGGCGGAGGACGCGCCCGGAGUGACGGAGAGCGAGGAGCCGCCGCACCAUCACACCGGCUACGAGAUAUUCGCCGACUUCAAAUCACUGAACAUGAAAUAUUUCUGGAAUAAGAUGGUGGCCGAUGCCAUAGCCGAGACCUUCUUCCUGGGCUGGAUAGACGAGCAUGUGUUGCUGAUCCAGGGGAAGGAGGAUCACCUGGAGGUGUUGAGGGAGGCUUGGAUGAGGAGGUCCCUCAAACCACCGCAGGGCUUCGACAUCAAAUACCUCGCGUCGCUCCAGUGGGUUCCAUUGGGUUCUUAUGUCAUCUGGAAGACAUCCUGUGAGUGCUAUGGCAACUGCGGAACAGGGGACACUGGCCAAAUGAUUCCGGAACUCAAUCCCAGGUCUUCUCUCACAGAAGAAAAACAAAGCUUUAAAUUCUUGAAAUUCAAGGUGGUCUCCAAAUUUGGAGGUUUAGAUGCUUUCUUGACCAGAAAAGGGGCUCAGCAUAGCAUUUAG